ACGCGUGGGCGCGAGAGCAACUUUUUCCUCCUCGCCCCCCGCCUCGGAUCGAGACCCAGACAAUCCUCCCCUCCCCCACCCCACAGGGGGAGACGCCGGAGAAAAGGUCUCUCGCCAUGGUGAACGAGUCCUUCGGCGCCGGCAACGGGGUGGCUGUCCUUGGCAACGGGGCAGCCGUCGUGAGGUCCGACGGCAGCAGCGGCAGCGACAGCUCCAAGGAAAGCUCACGAUGCUCCACCCCUGUCCUCGACACCGAGCGGCACGACCGCCUGUGGGAGAAGAUGCGGAGGCGGCAGGAGUCUGGGGACAAGUGGUUCUCCCUGGAGUUCUUCCCUCCAAGGACAUCCAAUGGGGCCGUCAACCUGAUCUCCAGGCUUGACCGCAUGGGUGCAGGCGGCCCGCUCUUCAUCGACGUGACCUGGCACCCGGCUGGUGACCCAGGCUCUGACAAGGAAACCUCCUCCAUGAUGAUGGCAAGCACAGCGCUCAACUACUGUGGCCUGGACACCGUCCUCCACAUGACCUGCUGCAACCAGACCAAGGAGAUGAUCACGGCGCACUUGCAGAAGGCCAAGCGGCUAGGUCUCAAGAACAUCAUGGCGCUGCGUGGAGACCCCAUUGGGGAAGAGUGGCAAGAGGAGGUUGAGGGUUUCAACUACGCUGUUGACUUGGUGAAGCACAUCCGCUCUGAGUUUGAGGAUUACUUUGACAUCUGUGUGGCAGGUUACCCCAAGGGACACCCUGAAGCAGAGAGUUACGAGGAAGACUUGAGGCACCUGAAGGAGAAAGUGUCCGCAGGAGCCGACUUCGUCAUAACGCAGCUGUUCUUUAGGUCGGAGACCUUCCUCAAGUUCUUGAAGGACUGCCAGGCUAUUGGUAUCACCUGCCCUGUUGUGCCCGGGAUAUUCCCCAUACAGGGCUAUCAUUCCUUACGCCAGCUUGUGAAGCUUUCGAAGCUGGAGGUGCCACAGGAGAUCAAGGACGUCAUAGAGCCCAUCAAGGACAACGACGCGGCAAUCCGGAACUAUGGCAUUGAGCUGGCCGUCACCAUGUGCCGGGAGCUGCUGGACAGCGGCCUGGUCCACGGCCUGCAUUUCUACACCCUGAACCGGGAAGUGGCCACCAUGGAGGUCCUCAAGCACCUGGGUCUCUGGAAGGAAGACCCUAGGCGUUCCCUGCCCUGGGCGGUCAGUGCUCACCCCAAACGGCGAGUUGAAGAUGUCCGACCCAUUUUCUGGGCCUCCAGGCCAAAGAGUUACAUCUACCGAACUCAGGAAUGGGAUGAGUUUCCUAAUGGCCGCUGGGGUAACUCAUCCUCCCCCGCCUUUGGGGAGCUGAAGGAUUAUUACCUCUUCUACCUGAAGAGCAAAUCUCCCAGGGACGAGUUGCUGAAGAUGUGGGGCGAGGAGCUGACCAGCGAGGAAAGCGUCUUCGAGGUGUUCAGGUGUUACAUCGCUGGAGAGCCCAACAAGGAGGGGCACAAGGUGACCUGCCUGCCUUGGAACGAUGAUCCUCUGGCGCCCGAGACCAACCUUAUGAAAGAAGAGCUGGCCAAGGUGAACAGGAGAGGGAUCCUGACCAUCAAUUCCCAGCCGAAUAUCAAUGGCAAGCCCUCCACCGACCCGAUUGUGGGCUGGGGUCCCGACGGAGGCUACGUCUUCCAGAAGGCUUACCUGGAGUUCUUCACCUCCAGCGAGAACGUCAGAGCCCUCCAAACAGUGCUGAAGAACUACGGCCAGCGAGUGAAUUACCACAUUGUCAAUGUCAAGGGUGAGAACAUCACCAACGCGCAUGAAAUGCAACCCAACGCCGUAACGUGGGGCAUCUUCCCCGGCAGAGAGAUCAUUCAGCCGACGGUUGUAGACCCGGUUAGCUUCAUGUACUGGAAGGAUGAGGCCUUUGCCCUGUGGAUUGAGCAGUGGGCCAAGCUGUACGAAGAGGAGUCCCCCUCUCGCAUGAUCCUCCAGUACAUGCACGACAACUAUUACCUGGUCAACUUGGUGGACAACGACUUCCCCCUGGACAGCUGCCUCUGGCAGGUCUUGGAAGACAUGCACACGCUCUUGAACUGUCCGGCGGAACCGUGAACGGGAGAAGAGGCAGCCUCCCAGAUUUGGCUGGCAGCACGGUCAAAAACCUUUAGGGAUGCGAGGUUGGAACCACAGUGGCCCAGACACUCCUCUAGGGGGCGCCGUUGGCUAAAUUUCCCCCCAUUGCCUUCAAAGCAGGAGGCCAGUUAAGACAGGCGCAUCUCCCUUCUGAUCCAAAAGACUCUGAGGAUGAUUUUGAGCCCUUCUUGGGUUGUUACAAUCCCUUUUCCCCUUAUAAUAACGGCAGCUAGAAAUCCUUAUCCCCCCCAAAACCCCAAAUCUCUGUCUGGCCCACCCCCCUUGUUUCUGGGUUGCACUCUAAAAAAGAAAGCUUUCAGCUGCUGCUUCAGUGCACACCCUCAAUGGGACUGACGGCUUCACAAGCCUCUAGUUCAGAACGGGAGUUGCAGAAAAUCAGGAUGAGCCCAACCGCCUGCGACGCAACUGCCCUCCUCUGGGGAGCCGCAGUGUGUGGCCGGCUAUUUAUUUUGUUUUUAUUUUAUUAUAAAGGCGCAGGAUCGUGGUCUCCUUCCUGCGUCUUCUCGUUUUCUCUUGCAGGGGAGGGGGAAGUAUUUAAAAUGCUUGUAAAGGGAAGGAGAGAAGUGAAAUUGAAAUGAAAUAAAAUGUAGUUGAUGCCUA